AUGUUUUUAAGUCCUUUUCUUGAUAAAGACACUAUUUAUGUUCAGGAAGCCGCCUUACCGAAAAAGACACUCUUUAUGUUCCAUCUCACUCCCCAAGCUGAAGCAUCCGAUAUCAUCGAUUUCUUUAAAGAUGUUGGACAAGUUGUUCGUGUUCGACUUGGAGUAAACCGGAAGUGUAUUCGCAGGUGCGUUGGCUUUGUUGAGUUUGCUUCUGCUAACGAAGCAAAGAAGGCGUUGCAGAAGAAGAACGGUGAAUAUUUGCUCGAUCGUCAGAUUUCUCUGGUUAAUAAGGGAGCUACCCCAUCCAAAGUUUUGAUGUCAUUACAGAAGAUUAACACUAUAGUAUUGCAUAGAACACACGGUUUGGUAAGGGAUCUAACUACUUGCCUCUUUAGUUUGUUAUCAAGAGCACAUUGGGCGAAAUUUUUCGUACACAUGGAAAAAUCACAAAAGUGUUCGACUUAUUGUAAACCACGAGGCAUCAAUUUCUUCAAAGAUGUUGGAGAAGUUGUUCAUGUUCGACUUAUGGUAGACUACAAUGGCAAGCAUGUGGGCGAGGGCUUUGUUGAGUUUGAUUCUACUAACGAAGCAAAUAAGGCGCUGGAAAAGAAGAACUGUGGAUAUUUGCACGAUUGCCAGAUUUUUCUUGAUGUUGUUAAGACAGAACCAGAUCCUCCACGACCCAUCUAUAAAUUCUUCAAGAAUGUUGGAGAAAUUGUUCGUGUUCGACUUAUUGUAACCCGCGAGGGUAGGCGUUUGGGAUGUGGCUUUGUUGAGUUUGCUUCUGCUGACGAAGCAAAGAAGGCGGUACAAAAGAAAAAUGGUUGGAGGAUUUAUGUGAACAUGGCUGAGAUUGCUCCAUACCCUUUCCGAGCCAAGUACAAACUUGCAGAGAAGCUCGCAAAGAGGCUUUGGUAA